AUGGCAGGCCUCACCACAAGUCCCCGACCGGUCUUUGCUGCCCCCGAGUGGACUCCGGCACAGAAAAUAAUGCACGACGAUGCACCCUCGACCUCGGGCGCAAGUGCCUACUCACACGAUACCGGCGCCGAGGGCGUAGAGAAGGACUUUCUGGAGCCCGCCAGGCCGACAACCGCACACCCUUUCCAACGCACGCGGAGUUUCAGCACCUCGAUGCCAUGGAGACGGCGGCCCAAGUCAUUGCACCUCGCAUUCGAAGACAGCUCAAUCCCAAGCGAAGCCAACGAGGAUGCCGUUGAGGAACCACGCCAUGGACAACCGGAAGAGAUCAACAGCAGCUCGCUGAAGGGCAAGUUUCGGCGUGCUUCUCUCAGCCUGAUGAAGGGCAUCGCCCACCGCCGCGACCGCCGAAGCUCGGAACCCGGAAAGAGCCAUGACGACCACCCAGCCAGGCCGUCUACAGCCCACUCGGCAUGGAACAGAUUACGGCAGGCCGCUAGCUUCCGUCACUCCAAGAUGAUGUACAGUGCACGCACCGGUACACUGGAUACAAUCUACUCGCCUCUCGAGUCGACAUUCCCAAGCGUGCCUGUUCCCGGCUACGGAUUCGAGCCUCCAAUCAUCCCGUCACACACCGGCGCUGCUGCGAAAGCUGCGGCUGCAUACCAAAACGAAUACCUGGCCAUGCGCCAGAGGGAAGAGUGGCUGGCUGAGCACAUGCAGAAUGAUCGCGAGAGCGGCAUUGGCAUCUCUCUCGUGAACGCAGACGACCUCGAGUCCAGUGCUACCCUUGUCGAAGAUUGGCUUAGUAGGGUCGACUUCGUCUCUAGACUACCAUCUGAGCUCGCCAUUCAGGUCCUCUCUCACUUGGAUGCCACACAUCUUACUGCCGCCGCCAGAGUUUCCAAGAAGUGGUAUAGUGUGGCCCAGGAUCAGCAGAUAUGGCGCCAAUCGUUCCUCCGGGAGAAGACCAGCACCUUCGCCACUACGGAGCCGAUCCAGCCCGGCACAGGCUUUGGUGUGCCUGCUCUCCGACCGGGUAACGACUGGCAGAAGAUCUACCGGGCCCGACAAGAGCUGGACCAGAAGUGGAAGGAGGGCACUGCUACAAGGCCAGUCUAUCUGAAUGGCCAUCUGGAUAGCAUCUACUGUCUACAAUUCGACGAGUCCAAAAUCAUCACCGGCUCGAGGGACAAGACCAUUCGAAUUUGGGACAUGCACACCUUUCAGUGCCGCCUGGUCAUUGGGCCGCCUGAAGUAGUUAACGAUACUUCAGUCCUGUUCGAUGCCAGUGGCCAGCCUGUCCACUACGCUUCUGUGCCAGAAAAGGAGCGGGACCACGAGUCGGUACCCGCGACUGUCUCUUUCCCGACUCACCACAAGGCAUCAAUCUUGUGUCUGCAGUACGAUGACGGUAUCCUGGUGACAGGUUCGUCGGACUCGACCUGUAUCGUCUACAACUUGAAGUCAGGCUACCGCCCGAUUCGACGUCUUGAACACCACACUGCCGCUGUACUUGAUCUAGCUUUUGACGACAAGCAUAUUGUGACUUGCUCCAAGGACAUCACCAUCUGUGUCUGGGACCGAGCUACUGGCGCAUUGCUCAAGCAGCUCAAGGGUCACACUGGUCCGGUCAACGCCGUCCAGCUCCGUGGCAACAGUAUUGUCUCAUGCUCAGGGGAUUUCCGUGUCAAGCUGUGGAACAUUGAUAGCGGCAAGGUUGUCCGCGAGUUUGAAGGUCACACCAAGGGCCUGGCGUGCAGCCAAUUCUCGGAGGAUGGCCGCUAUAUCGCAUCCGCCGGUAGCGACAAGGUGAUCCGCAUCUGGGACGCCAGGACCGGCGAGUGCAUCCGCGAGAUGCAGGCUCACGAGGGCUUGGUUCGUAGUCUGCACAUUGACAGCGUCAGCGGACGUCUCAUCAGUGGCAGCUACGACACCGAUAUCAAAGUCUUCGACAUUGCAACCGGUGAUCAGUUGUUGGACUUCCCACGCUGGCACGCUAGCUGGGUUCUCAGUGCGAAGAGCGACUACAGACGCAUCGUCAGCACCGGGCAAGAUCCCAAGAUUCUUAUUAUGGACUUCGGCGCCAACGUCAAGGAUAUCGGAAUGCUUGAGAGUGCCCCUCAAACCGAUGUCGCGAGAGCUGCUGGCUUUAUCUAA